CCCGACCCCGCGCGCCCCGCGCCCUGGCCCACGGUGGCCGCCAUGUCGACCUUGCUGGACAUCAAGAGCAGUGUGCUCAGGCAGGUGCAGGUGUGCCCAUCGUUCUGCCGCAAGGCAGAGCAGGAGCCCGGGAGCACAAGCGCUGACCAGCAGGAGCCCCCCACGGGGGCCUGGAAACCCGGGGAUGGCAUGGAGUUCUUCGCCCACAUGCGCCUCAUCCUAAAGAAGGGGGAUGGCAGACAGGGCCUGCCAUGCCCUGAGGUCCUCUUGCGCAGUGGCUCCCCCGCCCCUGCCGAACCCGUGGACCCCAGCCGUGGUUUGAAAGCCCUAGCCCAGGAGGAGGUGGAGAUGCUCUACGAGGAAGCCUUGUACACGGUGCUCCACCGGGCAGGCACCAUGGGUCCCGACCAGGUGGACGACGAGGAAGCGCUGCUGGGUUACCUUCAGCAGGUGUUUGGCACCAGCAUCAAGGAGCACACUAAGGCCAUUGAACGGGUAAAGAAGGCCAAGGCCCCUACAUAUGCCCUGAAAGUCUCUGUCAUUCGUGCCAAGAACCUUCUGGCCAAAGACCCCAAUGGCUUCAGCGACCCAUACUGCAUGCUGGGUAUCCUGCCAGCAGCGGGCGCCUCGAGGGAGCCAAGUGGGCAGAAGGAGCAGCGUUUCAGCUUCCGCAAGGGCAGCAAGCGCAGCGGCCCGCUGCCAGCCAAGUGCAUCCAGGUCACUGAGGUCAAGAGCAGCACGCUGAAUCCUGUCUGGAAGGAGGACUUCCUGUUUGAAAUCGAGGAUGUCAAUGUGGACCAGCUGCACCUGGACAUAUGGGACCAUGACGAUGAUGUGUCCCUGGCAGAAGCAUGCAAGAAACUGAAUGAAGUCAUUGGCCUGAAGGGAAUGAGCAGGUACUUCAAACAAAUCGUGAAGUCAGCCCGUGCAGAUGGGACAGCAGGUCCCACAGAGGACCACACUGAUGACUUCCUGGGGUGCCUUAACAUCCCCAUUCGGGAGGUGCCGGUCGCCGGCGCUGACCGGUGGUUCAAGCUGGAGCCCCGCUCUAGCGCCUCGCGCGUGCAGGGAGACUGCCACUUGGUCCUCAAGCUGAUCACUACCCAGAGGGACACUGCCAUGAGCCAGCGAGGGCAAUCCGGCUUCCUGUCCUACCUGUUGCUGCUCAGCCAGGUUCUGAGUUUUGAACACAGAGCUGAAGAGCCCAGUUCCAGCAGUUGGCGUGGAGAGCUCAGUGGGCCUGGGACCACAGUCCUCUGCCUGCACGGAGCCCAGAGCAACCUGUCACCCUUGCAGCUGGCCUUGCUGCACUGGCAGGUCAGCAGCCGCCACCAUCAGACAUGCUCUCUGGACUACGGCUACCUGUUGGGGCUGCUGGAGGAUGUGCAGGCGCACUGGGAGGAGGCAGUCAGGCUGCCCCAGGAGCAGGAGGAGAGCCUGGCCGACAGCUUCUCUGCCUUCUCGGAGUUCGGGUUGCGCCUGCUGCGCCAGCUCCGCGAUUACUUCCCUGCCACCAAUAGUACCGCGGUGUACCGCCUGGAGCUGCUGCUGAAGUGCCUGGACAAACUGCAGCUCUUCCAGCCCUCCUUCGAGAUCUGUCCCUUCGAGACAGAGCUCAACAUGGAUAUUGCUGCAGCCCUGAAGAGAGGCAACCGUGAGUGGUAUGACCGGCUCCUGAACACCAAAAGUCCCCGAGAGCAGCCGGGGCCGCAGCGUCUGGCCGGGCUUGUUGAGCUUGCAGACAUCAUCUAUGAGGACUUGCAGUCUUGCUACGGAGUCUACGCCAGCCUCUUUCAUGGCAUCCUCAAGGUGGACUUCUUCACCCUUACCUUCCGGCAGCUGGAGCGCCUGAUGGCAGAGGAGGCGUGGGUACUGACAGAGGAGCUGAACCCCAGAAUGAACCUAGAGGCGGCCUCGGGACUCUUUGAGCUCUACUUGACCCUGGCUGACACCCAGCGCUUUUGGAGCUACAUUCCCGGCCGGGACAGUCGCUCCCUGGCCCUGGCUGGCAUCCACACCCAAUUCCUGCCGGCUGUGAAGCUCUGGCUGCAGGUGCUACGCGACCAGGCCAAGUGGCGCCUUCAGGGAGCCGUGGAUGUGGACACUCUGGAGCCAGGGGAUACCACCUCCAAGCACAGCAGUUCUGCAAGCACGGCCAACCUCUGCCUCAGCCACAUCCAGGAGCUCUGGGUCCGCCUGGCUUGGCCUGACCCUACUCAAGCACAGGAGCUUGGCGUCCAGCUCAGUCAGGAUAUGUGUGAGGCCAUCCUCUUCUACACGGAGCUGCUAAGGAAGAAGGUGGACACACAGCCCGGGACCACUGGUGAGGCAGUGAGUGAACAGCUCUGUGUGGUGCUCAACAACGUGGAGCUGGUGCGCAGGGCAUCGGGACAGGCACUGAAAGGCCUGCUGUGGCCCGAGGGGGCUGUCGGGCCCGAAGGAGUGCUCCCUCGCCCCUUGUUCAGCUGCAUGCAGGCCCUGGAUGAGGACCUGCAGAGAGAGGCCCACACUGUGACGGCCCACCUGACCUCCAAGAUGGUGGCAGAUGUCAGAAAGUAUGUGCAGCACAUCAGUCUGUCCCCUGACUCCAUUCAGAAUGAUGAGGCCGUGGCUCCACUCCUCAAGUACCUGGACGAGAGGCUGGCCCUGCUGAAUGCAUCACUGGUGAAGGAGAACCUGAGCAGGGUGCUGGAGGCCCUCUGGGAGCUGCUCCUGCAGGCCAUUUUGCAAGCGCUGAGUGCAAACAGAGAUGUGUCUUCUGACUUCUAUGAACGCUUCCAUUUCACCUUGGAGGCUCUGGUCAGUUUCUUCCAUGCUGAGGGCCAGGGCCUGCCCCUCGAGAGCCUGAAGGACGGCAGCUACAAGAGGUUGGAGGAGGAGCUGCGGCUGCACAAGUGCUCCACCAGAGAGUGCAUCGAGCAGUUUUACCUGGACAAGCUCAAGCAGAGGUCCCUGGAACAGAACCGGUUCGGGCGCUUGAGUGUCCGCUGCCACUAUGAGGCGGCUGAGCAGCGGCUGGCUGUGGAGGUGCUGCAUGCCGCGGAUCUGCUGCCCCUGGAUGCCAAUGGUCUGAGCGACCCCUUCGUGAUCGUGGAGCUGGGUCCACCACACCUCUUCCCACUCGUCCGCAGCCAGAGGACCCAGGUCAAGGCCCGGACGCUGCACCCAGUCUAUGAUGAGCUCUUCCAUUUUUCUGUGCCCGCAGAGGCGUGCCGCCGCCGUGGGGCCUGUGUGCUAUUCACAGUCAUGGACCACGACUGGCUGUCCACCAACGACUUUGCUGGAGAGGCAGCCCUUGGCCUCAGUGGUAUCAGUGGCAUCGCGAAACCCCACGUGGGUGGGGGAGCAAGGGUGGGGCAGCCCAUUACACUGCACCUGCGCAGGCCCAGAGCCCAGGUGAGGUCUGCGCUGCGCAUGCUGGAAGGCCGCGCCAACAAGGAGGCACAAGAGUUUGUCAAGAAACUCAAGGAGCUGGAGAAGUGCAUGGAGGCCGACCCCUGAGCAUUUGGCUGGCCACAACCUGGCCCUCCCCACUUCCCACAGGUCACUCUGAGCACACAGAGGGCCUGGAGGCCUCUCUCCUGCUGUGUGACCCACGUGCUGUGACUUCCAUUUACUCAGGCUCUCUCUGAUGUGUGCUGUGACCCCUUCUGCCCCAGUGUGCCCUACCCUCAGUAUGGGCAGCCAACUCGGUAAGACCUGGCCAGCAGCUGCUCAUGGACACAGUGGGACUAGGCCUGACCCCAGAGGGAUUUCCCCCCUGGGGUGGCGGGCAGCUGCUCUCAGUGGACUCAUUCCCUAGGAGCCAUUAGGCAAUGUCUGGAGACACUUGUGAUCACAGAUGGGGACUGAAAGGUGCUGGUCCCAGGGGCUGGAGACCAGGGAUGCAGCCCACACCUUGUAAUGACCAUGUGGCCUUGUGGGAAUGACCUGUACCCCAGGCUGUCAGUGCCACUGGGGAGCCCCUCCUCUACAAUGCUUUCUGAAACAAGGUCUCCCUAGGCAGAGGAAGGAAGGCUGGGGGUCAAGCUGGGAAAACCCAGGCUCUGGAGGGUAGCAGCAGUCAGGGCCCCAGGCAGAGGACAGGACUGAGUCUGGGAUGCCUGCAUACUCUCCUGGCUCUGGAGGUCCACCCAGAGGGUGAGCUGAGUGCUAGUCAAGGAACACAUGGGUUCCAGUCCCCAGCUGGCUCUUGGGCCCAGGUUAGUGAGGCACAGGACACCAACCCCAGCUGGAGAACAGGGGUAAGGGCUCUGUGCCAGAUGUCAGUUUCCUCUGACACAUCUGAGUGUGAUCAUACCAGACUUACCCCCGACCAAGACCCACCCAGGCAAAGGCUCUUCCAUCCCUCAGGCCAAGUACAAAGUAACAAACUCGUGCUGGGGGCUCUUAGUCUGCAGCUUUACUAAUAGUGCCAAGGCAGGAUGCCAGGCUGUCACAAUGACAGAAGCCCAGUCCUUCCAGACCUGUCUGUCCCCUGGUUCCAUUGCCACCUGAGUUUCUGCACCCCAGCUUCAACAAUGUGUAUGCCUGCAACGUUUA